UGUCUCAAUCUCUCAAUGAAACAACUUCACAUAAUUUGAUUCAUUUUUCUUUUAUUUUUCUCUUUUGUUUCUUCUUCUUCUUCUUCUAAUCUUCUAACUUAUAUUAAUUUAUUACCUGAUAAAAAUUCUACUACUAAUUUAAUAGACUUUCAUCAUCUACAUCAUCGUUGUCACGUUUUCUUUUUGAUUCCUUUAACAAUUACAUUUUUCACCCAAUCAAUCAAUGAAUUAACUGUCUAAUUUUGGUAACAAUUAGAAAUCAACAAACAAUCCAAAGUGUUAAAACCAAACAAAUAGGUUUUCCCUCAUUCAUCUUAAUCAGUUAAUUGUUAUCUUCAUAAUGGUGUAAUUUAAAUAUUCUAUUUGUGGAAAACAAACAAAAAAGAAUUUCUUUUCUCUCUGUUUUCCCUUUUUGUUUUGUUCUUUUUUUUCGUUUGUGUGUUCAUUUGAAUUUAUCUUUUCCUCUAAAAUUGUUUAUGCCGUUGGUUUUAUCGAAUUCUCAUCUCGUUGAUCAUCUUUCAUCUUCAUCUUCAUCAAUUCGCCUUCGUUAACUUGAAUAUGCCUCGUCAGAAACAAGAUCGACCCAAGAGGACUAAAUAUAGGCUCUGCAAAUGAAUCAUCUGAUGCUACUGUUGGCCAAGAAUCGGAUUCACCUGGUGAUGGAGACAAAAUGAAUCUCGAUGAUUGUAAUUCUUCCUCUUCUUCUUCUGUCACAUCUUCCCCUUCAUCAUCUUCGUCAACAUCCUCACAUUCACCAUCUUCCAGUCGAUCUUCAUCACCCCAACCUACAGCAACAAAUCCAAUAACUGUUGAAGAAUCUGAAGAAAAAAAUUCUGCACUGGAGGAGAUAACAAGUAAAAACGAAAACAACACAGAUUAUCAACAGAACGAUAAUCUCAUUACUAUUGAUAACAAUAGUAGUCAUCUCUUUCAAAAACAAUUAAGUCCAAUUAGAGAAGAAAGUUUCUUUCCUCAAGAAGAAAAACUUGAAUCAUCACCACCGUUGUUAUCACCUUCACCUUCACCUUCACCUCAACCACAACACAUACAUAAACAAUCAUCUUCAUCACCACCACCUCCAUUAUUAUCACCAUCAUCCCUUUCAACUCCUUGUUCCUCUUCUCAUCAACCAUUAACCAGUAUGUCAACCGACCAAAUCUUGACCGAUUUUAUGACAACAACCAAACAAACCUCACCAUCUUCUCCCUUGCCUCAAGAUGAUUCUCCACCUUCUCCACAACUUUCAACACAUUCCACUUCAGGUGAUGAUUCAACUAUACCUGACAUUGAGAAUAAAGCCAAUAACAAUUAUCUAUCGUCUACCGUUGUUGAUGUACCAAUGGAUGAAUCAGGAACAUCGUCACUACCAAACACUCCGACAUCUUCAUCGCCAUCACCAAGUAAAUUAACUAAUUUAAAUCGUAAAAGAAAAGUUUCAACCACAGAUUCCAUGAUGACAGCAAUAGUCUCAGGAUCACCAACAGCAUCUUCAAUACCACCAAUAAUUAAAUCACAAUCAACUUUAUCUGAUUCAUUUGUUAAACCUUCACCAACUCCAGAACCCGGGACAACAGCAACCACAACAUCCUCUUCCAUAGCAAUUAAACUUUCUCCUCCACCAACUUCACCUCAACCACCACCACCACCUCCACCUCUGCUACCUCCACCGUUGACAUCAAAACUUUCCAAUGUUGAUGAUAAACUGUUGAAAGAAUUAAGUCAAUCCUCUCUAAUUAAUUCUCUUAUUCAAAAUUCACCAACUCCUAGUUCCACAUUACCUGGUGUUCAAAAAUCGUUACCUCCGCCAUUGUCUUUAUCUAGUGGUGGACUUGCACCCACCAUACAAACAACUCCAACCUCCUCAUCAAACAAACAACAACAACAACAACAACCAAUUUAUGUUGCUAUCUCAACGAAUCCUCUUAUUCUGGUCCCUCUUUCAUACAAUACGGAGACUGGUGGACUUGACUUAUCACUUGCCAAUUCAUCAAGUGUAGUUAAACUACCAAAUGAUGCUUUAUUAAAUUCACAAUUAAAUGGCUUAAUCGCUUCUGGAAUUGAUAGAUCAACCCUCUUAAAUAAUUCACUGGAAACACAUCGUACUGGUGUUGAAAAUAAUAAUCGUGCAAACCUCAUUAACGGAAUCGAUGCAACCAAUAUAAUUAAUGUUAAUAGUCUAACUAAUAACAAUAUUAUCAGCAUCAAUAACAAUAAUAAUGGUAUUAUUAGUCCAGGUGAUAAUGUUAAUAAUCUAAGAAAUUUAAAUCUAAAUAAUAUUCAGCAACUUUCUCAAUUUUCUGGUCGACCACAAUCAACUGAAGGUCCACUUGAUUUAAGUUCAAAUCCAUCAAGCGUUGACCCUAAACUCCAUGAUAAAUUGUCCUCAUUUCGUUCACAUAAUCGUCAUCGUGAUAAUGACCAUCGAUCAUCAGUUUCCUCGUAUACAGUUAAAAAUGAGACUGACCCAAUGAUUGAAGAAUCGGAAUCACCGUCACCUUUAAAUUUGUUCAAUUCACCUUCAACUUUUGCCAAUUUAGUCUCUUCAGCUCAUUCAGCUGAUUUACCUCAAUCAACAGCAUCGGUACUUGCAGCGGCCGCGGUUGCAGCAGCGGCCGCUGCAUCAGUGUCAUCACCUCCUUCAUCGUCAUCACUUGCAGUCGGUAACAGUUCUGGACGUGUUAGUGGCUCAUUACCACUACCUGGACCCGCUCCUAACGCACCUCCAUCUUUUACACCUGAAGCGGUUUUCAAGCAAUCAAGUUACCAUUGUGAACAUUGUCACAUUGGUUUCUACAAAAAGGAAAACUACAACAUUCAUAAGCGUUUUUAUUGUUCUGCUCGACGAUCUAAAGCAGCAGCAGCAGCGGCCUUAGCAGCCGCUUCCGCUGGCGGAGUGAAUGCACGUUCACGUAAUAAUACAAGAACUCGAAGUGAAUCAUCCCCUGAUCUCCUUGAAAGCGAUGGAUCACCAAACAGUUCACCAGAAAUUUCAUUAGACUCCGAAAAAACCGAUCGUAAUCUUACUCAUCAUUUAUCAUCCGGUCAUCAUCAGCAACCUGCAUCUUCCUCACUUCGUAAAUCAUCAACCUCUCGCCGAGUCUCAAUCUCAUCUAAAACCAAUGCAUCUAAUUCAUCGAACUCUCCUGGUUCAUCCCCACCCCAUCAACCGUUAUCUCAAUACUAUUGCGUUGCCUGUGGAAUACGUUUCACUUCCCUCGAUAAUCUUCAAGCCCAUCAAACAUAUUACUGCCUCAAACGUAAUUCGGUUAAUGCAUCACCCGACAAACUUCAAUAUAUCGUUUCCAUACCUGGUGGGACCGGAAGUGAAGUGAGUUGUGUCAAAUGUAAGGCAACUUAUUGUAAUGAAGAAGCAUUUUUAAGCCAUGUUUGCUCAGCGAUGAAUUUGGGUUCAGUAUCAACCGGAGGAUCAAAUGGCUCUAAAUAUAACUCAACAUCAACUUCAGCAUCUUCAUCGGCUGGGAAUGCAAGUGGCUCUAAUGACGGACGUUGUUCAUCUGCUGGAGGUGGAACCACAAGUGGGAAUGGUGGAGUUAGUGGGCCAAAUAUGCGUCGACAAGAACGAGAAGAUAUCGAUUCUGGUCAACAGUGUUUCCGUUGUACAAUUUGUGGCUACAAAGGUCAAACUCUACAGGGAAUGCGCAUACACGUUCGUAUGCAUAGUCAAUGUUUUCGAUGCACUAUUUGUGGUUAUAAAGGUCACACGUUACGAGGGAUGCGAACUCAUGUUCGUAUUCAUCAAGACAAAAUUCAAGGUCUUCCAGAAGAAACAUUCAUUGCCUGUAUCGAGGAUGAAGCGCUGGUUGCCAAAAGUACAACUCGAAGUGGACCAAGUGGUUCAAAGCGAAGGCGUAAAAGUUUAGACGCUUAUAGUAAUAGUUCAAAUGUUCACAAUCAAUUUGGUUCAUCAUCCACAUUAUCAUCUCUAUCUAAUGUUAUAGUUAGUGAAAACUCAAAACCCUUAUCAUCACAAUUAAUCAAUAAUUUACUUCCAUCAACAAUAGCAAACACAUCAACGGGACCUGCUGGUAUUUUGGUAUCAGCAGGUUUCACAUCUAUGAAUAAUGUUAAUAAUAAUAACUCUGGUACAAACGAUGAAUUAAUUAGUGCUAAUGUUACUAACUCUAAUAGAAACAGUUCAAAUAAUGCCAACAAUUUAAAUAGUAGUCACUCUGAGAUAUCAAGUGAAAAUGAAGACGAGGCCACAAGUAAUAUCUCAGAAAAUGAAAUGUCAGGUCGAGAUGAUUCCCGUCAAGGAGGAUCAGGUGAAUCUGUUCACAAUUGUCACUUGUGUUACUAUUCAUCAACUUACAAAGGAAAUGUAGUUCGUCAUCUUAAACUAGUACAUAAAGAUAAUAGUGGCGGAAGUGGGAAUAGUACCAAUGGUCCAUUUUCGGGUAUAAACAAGCGCGACUCUGGUGAUAAAGGUAACGAUAUGGAUGUAACAUCGGGCGGUGGCAGUGGCGGCGGCGGUGGCGAUUCACAUGGUUCAAUUAGCGAUGAAUUACCUUUAGAUUUGAAAGCAACUCGAUCCAAUGGAUCAACGAUCUCAGAGAGACGGACAUUUCAUAAUCGAUCGCCGAUUGGUAAUAAUAACCAUCGAUCAGCUGGUUCACCCAUUGACCAUAAUAGUAAUGGCUCGAGUUCUAAUAACAAUAAUAGUAACAGUAAUAAUAAUGGUAGCUCCAAUUCAUCUGCUCAGGCCAAAAAAGCGGUACCCAAAUAUUGCCGCUCUUGUGACAUAUCUUUCCAAUUUUUAACUUCGUUUAUAGCUCAUAAAAAAUAUUACUGUUCCUCCCAUUCAAAUGAUCCCAAUGCAAUUCAACAUCUUCCUGAAAGUAAAUCACCAGUCUAGUCAUCAUCUUUAUCAUCUUAAUUAUUAUCAUCGUCUUCGUUAUCAACAUAAGCAUUAUCAUCAAUCAAUUCCCUCGAUCAUCAUGUUUAUUGUCAUCAACCAAUUAUCACACCAACUUUACCAUUAUAAUUACUAUAAAUAUUGAUUUCAUUUGGAUUUAAUUAAUCUAAUUAAUCACUGGGUUGCUGUAUAUCUUUUAUUUAGUCUCUCUCUCUUUCUAUAUCUCUCUCAAUGUCUUUCCGUUUCCUGUUUUAUUUUCAAUUCCAAUCACUGUGUUGACUAAUAUUACUACCAACUAAUCAAUAUCAUCAUCAUUCAUUAUACAAUAGUCAUGCUCAUUAUUAUUAUCGGAAAUAUACUAAUGAAUGAAUUGUAUUAAUUACUUAAAAUUACAAAAAUUAAACAGUGUAAAAUUUGAUGAUGAUGAUUGACAAGACAACUAAUUGUAGUUAAAUCUAGUUAAACAUAAACAAACAAACAAACAAAAAAUGAAAUUGAAAGUAAUAAUAAGAAGAUAAAACAUCAACAAUUAAGUCAAAUAAAUUAUUAUCUAUUCCAUGAUGAUUAACAGAAUUAACUAAUCAUUGGUAUACGAUUAAAACAUACAAUUAAUAAACAAACAACAAAUGUAUUGACCCUGAAUAAUUAACAUUAUUAAAUAUCCUGGUACAACAACAGUGUACAUACAAUAUGAA